AUGUACUCUGACUUCAUUCCAUACGUCUGGAAUCACUUUGGUACCAAUGAUCUAUGGGUUGGAUACUAUGCUUCGAGACCAGAACUCAAGAUGUUGAGCCGAAAAGCUGACUCUACCCUUCGCAUGGCCAGGGUAUUCAAUGCCCUUGAGAGAAUUCCAAAGGAUCAACAAGAACUCCUAGACCAGGCCCAGAAUCAAUGCUCAUUCAUCAUGCACCACGAUGCGAUAACUGGAACAAGUCAACAAUUCGUGGUCAAUGAUUAUUUUGUUAGACUUGGUCAAGCUAUCCAGUUGUCUAAACAAGUGAUCAAUGAAGCUAUCCAGAACUCACCAGUUGGUGCAUUCCCUGGUGAUCUAAUUGAUACACCAAUAUUGGAUAUAGUCGAUAAUAUGUAUACACCAGUUAUAGUUAUCAACUCAUUGGCAUGGAGAAGGAAUGAGAUAUAUACUGUCAAGGUACCACAUUGUGCAGUACAAGUCUUUGAUGGAACAGUGUUGAUGAAAUCAGAUUGUAACAAUAUCAAGAUGGAGCCAUUUGGAUAUGAACUAUCAUUCUUGGUUGAUGUUGGAUCAAUUGGAUUCCAUGUCUAUCAUGUUUUGGGAGUGCCCAUUCCUUCAAACGUCAAGAGUUCAGCCAACUCAGUUCUUCAUGUCACCGAUGGUACCCAAUCAUUAUGGAACCAUCAUUUCAAUCUUCAUAUGUCCAACUCUGGUUUGAUGGGUUCAAUUGACAUCAGGAAUCUGACCAUCAUACUCAAACAAAAGGUGAGUGAUUGA